CCCUUGUCGUGCUGUGGGUCUUAUUGUUUUCUUUGGGGUUCUCAUCAUCUUGGUAUCAGAGCAUCAGGUUUCAAUCAUGUCAAGCGGUGAUGACAGAAAGCUCCAAGUGGAUGAUUCCUUCAUGCUCAAAGCUAUGCAACAACAAUUUCAGAAGCUAGACAUCAUGUUUGGUGAAAUUAAAGACAAAAUGGAGAAGCAAGAUGCAGCCAUUGCCAAGUUAUACCAAAUACAUAAUGGAAGUCCAAAUUUGCAUAAUCACGAUCUUGAUGACAAUGAUGAAGAUGCAUUCAAUGAUGAUGCCCAGAACUCAAAUUUCAGCAUGGACAGAUUUAUGAGAGGUAGAGGGGGUCAAAGAUAUAGAUUUAACAAAGGAGACCAAAAUCUAGCAAGGUGGGGAGAUCGGCAAGAUCAUGACUUAGGCAGCAUCAAGAUGAAGAUUCCUCCAUUUCAAGGCAAAAAUGAUCCAGAUAUGUAUUUGGAAUGGGAAAAGAAGGUGGAAUAUGCCGUUGAUGGAGAACUGCUUGUCACUAGGCGAGCUUUGAAUGUGCAAGUCAAAGAAGAUGAUGAAUUACAACCUAGCACUGUUUUAGUUGAAAAGCUUAAUUUACCUAUGAUGAAGAAUCCAAGGCCAUAUAAGCUGCAGUGGUUAAACGAUUGUGGAGAAAUCAAGGACUUCAAGGACAUGUUUCCAGAAGACAUCCCUAAUGGUUUACCACCAAUAAGAGGAAUUGAGCAUCAGAUUGACUUCAUUCCAGAGCAACGAACUGAGCAAUAUGCAAAACAAGCCAACCAAGGACGCAAGAAAGUUGUAUUUGAACCUGGAGAUUGGGUUUGGGUGCAUAUGUGCAAGGAGGGAUUCCCUGCACAAAGGCGUUCUAAGCUGCAACCAAGAGGCGAUGGAUCAUUUCAAGUGAUUGCAAGGAUUAAUGAGAACGCAUACAAGUUGGAGCUUCCUGGUGACGAUUUGAGGACAAAUCCUUUUGAGGAGAGAGGGAAUGAUGGGAAUCAAGACGACAGCAUAACUACUACGUCAUGUGAUCCAUUACACACCCAAGGAGGUCCAGUCACGCGAGCUAGGGCUAAGAAGAUGCGUGAAGCUGUAAAUGGCCUUAUUGAGCAGAUCUGGGUUGAAAACAACAUACAAUAAGCAAAUUGAAGCUUGGAUGAUUAUCAAAGCAUGGUAAACAUCAUUCAGGUUUAAGAGAAGCUUAGUUGAGGUCAUUUGCAUGGAAUUACACAGUUUGCGUCAAAAUCACACGAUUCUGCCGCAAUUUGUAGCAAACUUAUAUUUUGUGUUAUUUUAGGUUAUUUUUAGUGAUUUUCACGUUUUUGUAUUAUUUUUGGGCUGAACAUUCACUUAUUUGAAGCCCAAUUCGUGGUUAUUAGGUUUAGGACUUAGGGUGUUAGUUUCCUAUUCUGAUU